UCCCCAAAUUCAAACACAGCGCAAAACCCUCCUUUAGUUUUGAUUUUCUCUCUCCUCGACUCGGUCCCACUCAGUGAACUCGCUCCAUGACUCGUCGCACGCGAUCAUCGUCUUCUUCCGCAGCUUCAAGCAGCAAAUUCGAUGUGUUCGAGUUCGGCGGAGAUGACGAGCACAUCGAGAAUGCUUCUAGCCGCAUCCUCAGAAAGUUCUCGAACCCUAGAGAUACUCGUUCUGGCGAUCGCACUUCCCCCGUUACCAAAUACAAUUUCCUCCAAGCCUUUGCGCGUGGUUCCGAAUUUCCGCCAUCCAGAGACGUCGCCGUUGAUCCCAUUGUGUUGUCUGAAUCCGACGAUGAAGCCAAAUUCUCCACGGAGAAGCCUCUCCUCAAGCCGUUACAGGAGGUUGAUGAUGAUCGACGCACGUGCGCUAAUUCGUGUUCAAGCGACGUGGCGCUGCGAGACUCUGCAGAUGAUGAAGUUAUCCCUGGCUUUGCUAGCGUUGUGGAUUGCUGCACUGACUCGAAAAAUCAUUCACUUGGCGUCAAUUUAGAGGAGGAGGAUGAUGACGGCAGUCAAAUAAGUUCUUCUUCUUCAAGUGGAAAUUCUUCAGAAGAUGAGGUUUCCUUAGAGGACAAGGUAGUGGGGUAUGGUGCUGCCGAUUGUGAAAUUGAUGGCAUCAAAGAGGUGGUUAAUGUCUCUCCUGAUUUUAUUCUUUAUGAAGAUUUAUACUCCACCGGUUCCCAGAUAAUAUUCUCGAGUAGCUACAUAAAACUUAGAUGCUCUACAAUCAAUGGAACUGGGGGAACUUUUAAAAUGGAGUGGGCAACAGAAGAUAUUAUGAAAAUUGAAUCAUGUUGGGUUGGAAAGGUUGAAACAGUCAUGAUCAAGCUUCUCCUUAAAUCGAAAAAUUCUAGUGAAGCUGGAAACACAGAUCAAAAUCCAGGGGUCAAACUGUUGAAAUUUGCUGUUUAUGAUCCAUCUUGGGCCAUGAUAGAACAGUCUAUCAAAUUACUAGAUACAAGAUAUAUGGAUUUAUGGAGUACUACUUUUGACAAUGAUAUAGAUAACAAUGAAAAUACUUCAUUGGAGCAGGAUAGCUUUUUCCCCCAGAAGCAUUAUUUUCCCAAUUUUGAAGAGGCUUUUGAUGAAGUUAUUUUUCCAAAGGGGGAACCUGAUGCUGUUUCUAUUAGUAAGAGAGAUGUCGAGCUUUUACAGCCAGAGACAUUCAUUAAUGAUACUAUCAUUGACUUUUAUAUUAAGUAUUUGAAAAAUAAAAUGCCUCCCGAUGAACAAGACAGGUUUCACUUUUUCAAUAGCUUCUUCUUUCGGAAGCUUGCUGAUUUAGACAGAGAUCCAUCAAGUGCUUGUGAUGGUAAAGCAGCAUUUCAACGCGUUCGCAAAUGGACAAGGAAACUGAACCUUUUUGAGAAGGAUUAUAUCUUUAUUCCUGUUAACUAUAGUCUUCACUGGAGUUUGAUUGUCAUUUGUCAUCCUGGUGAAGUGAUAAGCUUCAAAGAUGAAGAUAUAAAAGAAUCUUCCAAAGUACCUUGUAUUUUGCACAUGGAUUCCCUGAAAGGAAGUCAUAAGGGUCUGAAGAAUGUUUUCCAAAGUUACCUUGGUGAAGAAUGGAAAGAAAGGCACCAUAAUGUGGAGGAUGAAGUUUUCUCAAAAUUUUUGCAGAUGCGAUUUGUCUCACUAGAGUUGCCUCAGCAGGAAAAUUGUUAUGAUUGUGGUAUCUUUCUCCUCCAUUAUGUGGAAUGUUUUCUCUCAGAGGCUCCGGUCAACUUCAACCCAUUUAAGACUACAAAGAUCUCCAACUUUUUGACGAGUAAUUGGUUCCCUGCAAUGGAGGCAUCUCUGAAACGAUCUUAUAUACAUAAUUUGAUUCAUGAUAUUUUUUAUGAUAAUUUGUUGAAAUUGCCUCCUGAUGAUUGCCUUGACAAAGCUCUGCCUGAAGUUCCUGGCAUUGCCGACCACAAAGAAGCAGGUUCCCCCCUGGGGAACUGUUUUCUCCCAAUUUGGAAUGCAAGAAGUCCUUCAGUUUCCCGUCCCGGACAUGUGACUGAUAUUCAGUCCCCAGAACCUGGACUUGGACUUGCUUUCGAGGACUCACGGGGGCCAGUUCUGAAUUCAAAUUUUCCUAGUUGUCUGCAGAUGUCACCUUGUUGUCGGGGAGGCUUCUUGUCACCAAUAGAGGAAACUGGAGAAUCUGUGGAGGAAACUACUACAUUAGACGGAGAAGAUUCUGUGGCUGCCAUAUUGACACCUGAUCUCCCAUCCACGUCAUACAUCAGCAAAGAUAAUAAAGUACCAGGAACAACAUUGCAGGGGCUCUCUGUGGAUUUGGUGGAAGAUGUUGGAGGUCAUACAUCUCAUGCAUUCUGCUGUAACACAUUGGAGACCGGAUCGUAUGAAGACCAGCCUCGGAGGAAAACUGAAGGGCAUAAUGUUCCAUACAACACCGAUGCAAUCGAGUACUUAUCGACCUCUAGUGAGGAAAUGGAAGAUCUUUUUGUCCAGGAUUCUCAAGAAGAAAAUGAAGGGGAUGAUGCCGAUGAGAGAGUGAAAUAUAGUACAAAAUUACGGGGGAAUAUGAAUUCAGUAAUUCGUCAAAUUUUACUUCCAGGGAAGAGUACGAGUCUUGCAGAUGAUACUCUGGGUAGUGAAAAAUUGGUGCUUGACGCUGAUUCCGAUGAACAAGAUGCCAAAAGGCAGAAGGUAGUCAUGAAUGUGCGUGAUCAAAGACGAAGGUUCACAAGAAGCAUGUCAAAAAAAGCACGUGUGAUAUCUUGUGAAUAGUGAUAGUAGCAUCAGGAUGGUUAUGGGCAAGCAUUCAUAUUUGAAAGCAGUAGAGAAAUGGGGUAGAGCUUUUGUCGUAUAUAAAUUACAUUAUGGAAAAGUAAGUUUAUUUCCAUAAACUCCCCCAGGUCGCCUCAUGUUUUCGUGCAGGUUGCUUCUCUAUUUUGGGAGGGUUAGCUUUGAGUCUCUGACAGUCCAGCCACUCAGAAGAAACUGUAAAUAAUAGUAGUAUUGUUGUUUUUGGGUGACUAAUAAUAGUAUUCUGUGUAAAUAUCGAUCUCCUUAUAUAGAACAUAAAAAUAACUUUGGGAAAGUCUUGAUUUAAGGCUAAGUAAUUAGAGUUUCAAGUGUUCUGAUA